AUGGAUAGGUCUCAGAUACCGAAAUGUCGGCAUUCAUCCGACUCCCUUUAUCCCCUUCGCCGCCAGCGCAAUGGCUCUGGAAGCUUCAAACCAAACACCCGGAAUAUUCGUGACCUUGAAAUUACGAGACAACGCGAUGAAGAAAAAAUUGCAGGUUUUUGCCGAAGGGAGACCCCAUCAGAUGCAUUGAUCGCUUCUAUACGAGACAGGAAUUUCGAAAUAGAGCUCUCCAAGCCCAAAUUCUACUCCGUUGAUUUGUCUUGGUUCAAUCCCAACAAAUUAGUCGAUACUUUACCAACACCUGGUUUGCAAACUCGUCAAAAAAAAUCGCAUCCAAAACAUCCUGCUCGAUUAUCUUAUGCCACCAUAGUUGCUGAUUAUAUUCGUUAUGUUGAGCCUGUCUUGUCCGCGGAAGCUUUCGCUCUCGAUGAUGGCACUUUAAAUAUACGGCCUCUGGAUGCGUCUCUUUUCGCUGUGUUCGACGAUCUGUCACUGGAUUAUUUAUCACAGAGAGGCUACUCUGCUGAUGAUGUGAUGGUGUGGGCAUGGAUACUACUGGCCCCGGAUUCAUAUACUGCCGCAAUGCGGCUGACUGCUGUUAAUAGCUCCAACGUGGGGAAGCUAGGCGGCAAGCGUGCUCCCUUGUUUGUUUUAUUAUUCAUCCUUCGCCGGAAAGCUAUUGGUUCAAAGGCUCUAAAGCUACUAUUGGUCCAAUCAUGGGAUAUUAUGCUGCAUCCGCAACUCAAAACGUUGCCCCAGACUAAAACACCUAAACAAUCAGUGUCACUGUGUGAUCAGCCUGCAUGGUUCAGGUCCGGGGAUGAUACAUCCGUAAUGAUCCUUUUCGUUCGUUUGAUUCGUGCGGCUCGUAUAGUUUCACCGGAGGCGUUGUUCUCCAUUGCCCAAAUGUUUACCGCCGUGUUCGGGUAUGACGCUGUGGCCAGUACCUUAAAAGAUAAACAAGUUGGGCGUUUGAUUACCUACUACAACAAAAUUUUGUCUCUUCUGGCCCUUCCGUGCCGAGUAGUGCCCUAUAUAUCGACUGUUAUUCAGCAGCGUGCGAUUUUUCACCUGCUGCGAGAAAUGACGAAAUUUGAGCCACCACUCGCGGUCACUCGAGAAGGAUAUCAUGCUGUCACUAGAAUCCAAAAUGCUCGUCGAAAAUUAAAUCCAGACAAACAAUGGGCCAAAUUCAAAGCAAAAUCAUGGCCUCCAUGGAAAGAAGAUAAGCUAGGAAUCGAUGUUGAUAAAGGUUUAGAAGGAAGUAGAAGCAAGACAAUAGGAGCAAUAACGCGAAUGAAAGAAGCCGGAUACUCUGCUACCCGCUGGGAUCGGAUAGCAACCAUUUUAGCUGGCUGGGACCUUGAUGGUACCCCCACAAUCCAGACCAGAUCCUUCCUUCCCGGAUCUAGCCCUUAUCAUAUGCGAUCUCAGCAUACGGCGUGGCUUAAAGCAAAUUCAGCAGAAGAUGGGGAUAAGUCCACGGUUUCUGGAUUGACGGACGAGGAUUCAUAUAGUGACAUUUGGGCAGCGCGUAUCCGUGCAACGAGAACUAUGAAGGAAGCAUGGGCCUGCUUUCUGUCAUGUAAAGAUCAGGGUUUUCCAAUUACCAAAGGCAUAUAUCUUGAACUUGCAGAAAAAGUGAUAUUUUACGAAUAUCUCCAAAAUUCUUCACAGGCCACCCAGCUGGAAGCACUCCCAGGAGAUGGAAAAGAGGUAUAUCCUGAACCGACAUCCCCUCGAGACGUAAUCUACGUGCAUUCGGAUCCCCCGACUUUGGAGAUGCUUAUUCAACAGUUGUUCUCCGAAAACGUGACCUUGUCGAGAAAAUUACUAGUGUUGCUGCUUACCCAUUCGACCUCAUUUAUAUCAGGGUUAGAUUUAAUUACUCGCAGUGAGCUGUCGACGGAGCAAGCCCAAGCCUUGACAUCGGAUUCGUGGACCCAAGAUUCGAAUCGCAAGCGACAUCUUGACAGUAUCUCCGACGACAUCUUUGCUGCCUUUAUUCGUUUUCUUUGUAGAUUUUCCUGCUACAGAGGAAAGGUUCCAAAGCCUGCACAGUUUUCUCUGAGUCAAUUCUUUCCCAUAAUCAAGCCACCGCAUGAUGGGUAUGAGGGCUCUGGUGAGAGAAUAGCGGCCGAUAAAAGUCUAGCUCACGCAGUCUUCUUACUACGACUGCGUAUGCCUGACUACUUGCCAUCUUGGAAUCACCUAUUGACAAGGCUAGCUAGGACAAGACUUCCAGCUACUAAUCCAUACUUUUCUUCCUCGGAACAACGAGUGAUGACUUGGAAUGAAACUUGUGAGGCUCUUUCUUGGAUGGAGACCAAAGGUCUAAGCCUUGAUACGAGCUGCUUUCAUACUGUGUGUGAUGCCUUUUCGAGACUGCUGCUCGCCAUUCGGAAGGAUAUACACGGCGUGGAGUCAGGCAUCGAGCUUCUUAAGCGAGCUGGCUUACCUGGCACUGCCCCAGCAAUGAACCUAUCAUCUAGCUCAGAAAUGGUUAGUGAUAGUAUUGGCUUCCUCAAACGCACAUUUGAUGACAUAGUGCUCCCAAGCGACGGGCCACUUUUUCCUUCGGUUGCUAAAAGCUCAACGGCGUUGUACCCAUCAAACCAUCCAGCACUGCCGAAAAUGUUCAUGGUACCAAAUCCGUCUACCAUUCACGCUUUUGUUCGCGUCCUUGGCCUAGCGGCGGAUUUCGAAAGCGUGCUAUCUCUGCUUAAAUGGAUGUCUCAAAACUCAGCGGAGCUUAGGCGAGUUGCGAAAGAGCUUCUUGGCGGAGACAGAGCAAUGCGACUGGUUGUUAUUGCGGUCCGAGUAUACAUCGAGAAACACAUAUUCGACUCAGACUAUGAGAGGCCCCCAAUAGACCAGCAUUUAAACGAGGACGUUCAAGCGCAGUCGGCUGGGGCUGUGAGCGAAGCAUCUGCGCCACCCCAAUCUUACCUUCAGGAGGCGCGUGAUAUCAUCGAAAACUCCGAGCUUUUCUCGCCAUGGGCCACGGACACAGAAGUGCGUCAGUAUGUCGCGGAUCAUGAGGGCUUCUAA